AUGUCCGUGGUUCCCUUCCUGGCGCCCGUAGAGAGUCGCUUCGACUUGCAGGGGGCGCAACCAUGGCUGGCGAGCUACGGGUACACCAGUAUCGCCGUGAGUGUCGUGUACCUGAUCCUGACGUUCGUGGGUAGGAGAUGGAUGUCUAGCCGGCCUGCCUUCAAUCUCCGCCGCCCGCUAGUCAUGUGGAACGCCGGACUUGCAGUGUUUAGCAUCCUCGGUUUCCUGACGGUUUCCCCCUUUCUGGCAAAAACCCUAGUCGAGAACGGUUUCAGCAGCAGCGUUUGUAGCGACGGGCUUCACGGCAGGUCGGCUCCCAGACAGCUCUGGAAUCUCUUACUCCUUCUCUCCAAGAACGUAGAGCUCGGAGACACGGCAUUCAUCGUCCUCAGGAAGACGCCGCUGAACUUUCUCCACUGGUACCAUCACAUCACCGUCUACACCUACGGCGCCUGGUUCUCUAGGACAUCUGGCGAGGUUGCAAUCACAUUCUGGAUGGGGGCCACCAACUACUUUGUCCACUCUCUCAUGUACACCUACUACACUGUGAAGGCUGCUGGGGUGAGGGUGCCUCGCUGGGUGGCUCAGCUGAUCACCAUCAUCCAGCUGGCUCAGUUUGUUGUUGGAGUCGUCACAAUCCUCACUGCCUUCCUCCAGAAGAGCAGUGGAGUGGAUUGUGAUGCUUCGUAUGACCUUCUCUAUGCUGGUCUGGCCAUAUACGUCUCGUACUUCAUACUCUUUCUAAACUUCUUCUACCAGAGGUAUCUGAAGAAGAAGGUAGAAUAG